AUGUUAAACUAUCAGCAGCAACUGCAUUCCAUACCCGUCGGCAAUGCCGGCAAUUUCUAUUAUGCCGCAACGACAAUGCCGUCGGUGGCGUCCACUACAUCCGCACCCGGAUCCGGAGCGUCUGCAGCACACACCUUAUCAUCCGAAGGCUAUGCCAAGGACAAGGAAAUUGCAAAUCGCAGAGAACUAGACAAAAUGCAUCGUUUCUCAGUAGACAAUCUCAUUGAACUAAAACAGGAUGCGUUUGGCAAGAGCAAAUUGACCGUGGAGCUGUCAAACAACUUUGGUAAGACUGGCACAUGCAGCGGCGCCGUGGAUUACCCCAACAAUCUUAGCUCGGGGCACUCAAGGAAGCCGCGACGUAACCGCACCACCUUCAGCUCGGCUCAGCUGACAGCUCUGGAGAAGGUGUUCGAGCGAACCCAUUACCCGGACGCAUUUGUCAGAGAGGAGCUAGCUACCAAGGUGCAUCUGAGUGAGGCGCGUGUACAGGUCUGGUUUCAGAAUCGCCGCGCCAAGUUUCGUCGCAAUGAGCGCAGCGUCAGCAUCGGCCGCCCUCUCCUGGAUACGGCGACACAGCUAGUGCCUGCUCCGAUGCCCAACAAUAUACACAAGUAUCCAAAUCUGACGCACAGUGCACCUCCUGGUGCCUACGCUCUGAACUUUGCACCACUUGAGCUGCGUUCCUGCCAGAACUAUACAAAUUGCUAUAGUGGAUUUGGUCCAAAUCCAAGCAGUAGCAAUGGCGUUUGCUCCUUCUUUGGAGCGCCCAACUAUUGUGUGGCUGCCAACUAUGCUAAGAACACAUAUCCGUCGCUCUGA